AUCAGACGAAGCGAUCCCAACAGGCGACGGCACCAUGUCGACUGAUCGAGUCGUCCCUCCGCUCAACUUUGCCAUGGUGGCACCGGGGGUCUACCGCUCCGGAUACCCCAACAAAAAGAACUACCCUUUCCUCAAAAAACUCGGUCUCAAGACGGUGAUGUUCCUGUGUCCAGAGGAGUAUUCAGAAGAGAACGUGGCGUUUCUGGAGAGCGAGGGCAUCCAGAUCUUCCACUACCCGAUCUCGGUUAACAAGGAACCUUUCGGCGAAAUUGAUCAAAAGGACAUUGCAGAUGCUUUGGUUCAAGUCCUAGAUGUGAGAAACCAUCCAAUUCUACUGCACUGCAACAAAGGAAAGCAUCGCAUAGGCUGUCUUGUGGGCUGUCUCAGGAAGCUGCAAAACUGGUCCAUGACAUCAAUAUUCGACGAAUACCGCCGAUUCGCUGGGCCCAGUAUCCGCAUAGCCGAUCAGGAGUUUAUUGAAGUAUUUUCCGAACCCCUCUACUACAAUCCGAAACAUAUUCCCUCUUGGCUGUAGUGUCUACCGUGUUCAUGAUGGCUGUUGAAAUGGAGAGUCCUUGCUGAUCUGGUAGCGCCGAGAGUCACUUGUGCUAGCCGUCUCCACCAUCCACCAAUGCCUCCACCAAGUUCAAGCAGCCAACUGCAAAAUCUCUUGGCCGUGACCAGAUUGCUUCGGCUUAGACUUCAGAGGCUCGCUUCCUGCGGACACUCAGCUUCCUGAGCCUCUCUGAGAGCUUCGUGAUGCUGGUUUCCAGCUUUGUGGCAUUCUCGGCCCGCUCAUGCAAACUGUGACUCGGGGCUGACAAGGAGACGGGCCAACACACAGCGCCAAUUAAGUCGUUGGGCUCUUGUCAUCAAUACAAAGAGCUGCCCAGCAUGUGUUACGUA